GCCCCCGCCGCGCGUGCAGCCCCGCGCCCCUGACCGCCUGGUCCUGGGCCGCCCUCGCCGGCCCUGGCGGCCGUGGAGGGGGCGCCUGUGUCUGCCCGUCCCCGGGGUCCUCCUGGAACCGAGACCAGUGCCCGACACUCGGCACUCGACAGGAUCCGCUCUCUGAACCGUAGACUGAGGAGUCUAAUCGCCCUGCGUUUCCCACCCCACCCCCACCCCCGCGGGGUUCUUAAGAGUAACUAACGAGCUCGAUGCAUGUUAAAGGCUCCGGAAUGUUACAUGACAUCUCUGUUGCUUGGUGAGUAAUCAGACAUGUAAACAGGACCUCAAGAAUCAAGCUACAUUUAAAGAAGACUUACUUAGAAACACUGGAGAGGACACCAUGGAGUGCAAGACUGAGGGAAAAGAAAAAUACCAACACAGCUUGAAUUUACUGAAUAAAAUUAAGAACAUGAAAGAACUAGCAGAGAUGAUUGAUGUUGUACUCAUCGCAGAAGGGGAGAAAUUCCCUUGCCACAGGCUCGUUCUGGCUGCAUUUAGUCCUUAUUUCAAAGCGAUGUUUACCUGUGGACUACUUGAGUGUACUCAGAGGGAAGUCGUACUUUAUGACAUCACAGCAGAAAGUGUGUCGGUGAUAUUAAAUUAUAUGUACCAUGCGGCUUUGGAGAUCAGUAACGCCAAUGUACAGACUGUGGCUGUGGCCGCCUAUUUUAUGCAGAUGGAGGAAGUCUUCAGUGUGUGUCAGAAGUAUAUGAUGGACCAUAUGGAUGCCUCGAACUGUGUGGGUAUCUAUCAUUUUGCAAAGCAGAUUGGAGCUGAAGAUUUAGCUGAUCAAUCGAAGAGGUAUUUAUAUCAGCACUUUGCUGAGGUGAGCUUACAUGAAGAGAUACUAGAAAUUGAAGUGCACCAAUUUCUGACGCUUAUUAAAUCAGAUGACCUGAACAUAUCCAGAGAGGAGAGCAUUCUGGACCUAGUUCUGAGAUGGGUAAAUCAUAACCGAGAACUGCGCACAGAGCAUCUUGCGGAACUUCUGAAGCAAGUUAGGUUGCAACUGGUAAAUCCUUCUUCUUUAAGACAAGCCCUGAAAAGGAACACAAUGCUUCUGUGUGAUGCAAAUUGCAUUGACAUCAUUCAAAACGCAUUCAAAGCCAUCAAGACCCGUCAACAGCACUCUCUCAAUCUUCGUUAUGGCAUGGAGACUACCAGUCUUUUGCUGUGCAUUGGCAACAAUUCUUCAGGAAUCAGGUCGAGACGUAGGAACUACGGAGAUGCCAGUUUUUGCUAUGAUCCUGCAUCGCGAAAGACCUAUUUCAUCUCAUCUCCCAAGUAUGGGGAGGGUUUAGGCACUGUGUGUACUGGUGUUGUCAUGGAAAACAACACUAUCAUUGUGGCUGGAGAAGCAAGUGUCUCUAAACUCUCCAGACAAAAGAGCAAGAAUGUGGAAAUCUACAGGUAUCAUGAUAGAGGAAACCAGUUUUGGGAAAAGUUAUGCACAACAGAAUUUCGAGAGCUCUAUGCUCUGGGCACUGUCCAUAACGACCUCUAUGUUAUAGGAGGACAGAUGAAAAUUAAAAACCAGUAUCUUAUUACAAACUGUGUUGAUAAGUACUCUGUAGAACGAGACACUUGGAAAAGGGUGUCCCCCCUUCCACUACAGUUGGCGUGUCAUGCUGUAGUAACAGUGAAUAAUAAACUUUACGUGAUUGGAGGCUGGACCCCUCAGAUGGAUCUUCCUGAUGAAGAACCUGAUCGAUUAAGCAACAAGCUGCUGAAGUAUGACCCCAGCCAAGAUCAAUGGACAGAGCAGGCACCCAUGAAGUACUCAAAGUACCGAUUCAGCGCAGCUGUGGUCAACAGUGAGAUUUAUGUUCUGGGUGGAAUCGGCUGCACAGGUCGAGACAAGGGUCAGGUUCGGAAGUGCCUUGACGUGGUGGAGAUCUACAACCCGGACGGGGACUUCUGGAGGGAGGGCCCACCCAUGCCCAGCCCCCUGCUCUCACUUCGCACCAAUUCUACCAAUGCAGGAGCCGUGGACGGGAAGCUGUACGUCUGCGGGGGCUUCCACGGAGCAGAUCGCCACGAAGUUAUCUCCAAAGAGAUAUUGGAGCUGGACCCCUGGGAGAACCAGUGGAAUGUCGUAGCCGUCAACGCCCUCAUGCACGACAGCUAUGAUGUCUGCCUGGUGGCGAGGAAGAAUCCCCGCGACCUCAUCCCCCCGCCUUCAGAGUCAGUGGAGGAGGGUGGGGGGCACUGAGGUCUGUGCCUCUGUGGGACCCCUGAGGUGUCUGCCAAGGAGGCACUAGGGAUGGAGAGCCCACAGCAUGUGUGGGACGUGUGUGUUACAUGCGUCGCGACGCUGUGCAGAGCGGCGUGCGCUGGGCGCUGCAGAGGGUGUGUGCAGAGUCUGCCCUCCGGUACCCAGGCUUUGCAGUGUCUUCCCCAAGCUUGGAGGGUAAGGAUGGAACCGCCUGCUUCACCCACAGUUGAGCAGAAUCAGAAAACAGCCGCUCCCAAAAUAUAAUUUAGGGAUGACAUUUAAACAACACAUAGAAAUCCAUCUAUUUUACUUACUGUCUAUGCUUCUGGAAGCCCAGUGGAUUCAAAGAAUGCAUUUUGGUAGCUGUUCUUCACCAAUUUCCCAGGAGUUUCACAUGCACAAGGCUCUUGUUUAAGCAGGAACGGUCGGUAAAUUCCCUAGAGCUUUCCCAGGGGAAGACCAUCCUAGACUGAGACACUUUCUUCAGUGCAGAGCUGUGUGACUGUCAUGACCGCUCCCCGUGUCCCCAGGUUCCAGCUGCUAACCCAGGCAGGAGGGACAGAUCCAUGGAAGCUGGAGCCAGUUGGAAACCUGCUUCUGCCACCACAAAACAGGACCAGUCAGACCCAGGGUGGGCUAUCCCGAGUAGGCUAGACCCUCAGAAGGCAGGGCCACACCUGUGUCUUUGCAGGUGUAUCCCAAGUGCCCAUGGCAGUGCCUGGUACACGCGUGGGUCUUUGGGUGGUCAGCAUGGGGAUGCCGCUGCUCCAGCCAUGUGACCACAGUGGAAGCUGCCAGUUUCCCUGGAUGGCGUCGGCGGUGGGGGGCCUCGUAGGAGGGCCGUGACUUUUCUAGAUGCACUGAGUUUGGGAUCUAGGCUCUCGUCCCAGCUCUGCUUCUUAGCACGCUGCAUGAUCCUGGGCAGCCCAGCCUUUCUAAAGCCUUAUUCUCCUCCCGUGCAGAAUGGGAAGGAAAGUGCUCCCUAGGGUUGGAGGAGAACUGAGUGAGAAAGCGCUGAGCACAGUGUCCGUGAGACGCGAAACGAAGCGUUCUUUAGCUGCUGAUACUUUCCUUAUCAUUAUCGUCGUAAUCAGCAUCUCCCGAAGCACAGUGCCCAGAACACCCGGGCUUGGCGUGGCAUCCUGGGGUUUCAGGGAGAGAUGUGCAUGGGGUCUGAGAUCGCUCUGAAGCCCCGGCCCCUCCAGGUCCAGGUGGGGUGCUGAUAACCCAGGGUUUCUUUUCGGCCCUGGAUGCUGCUCGUCUGACCCGUAUUUGUAACUCUGCCCUCCUGCUGUUGGAUAGCGUGAGAGAUUCUGCCUCAAACUUUUCCCUGUCUUCCCUGUCUUCACCUUAAUUGAAGGCUGUCCCAAUGUGGCAUGGGGGACUCCUAAAACUGGGACUGUCUGCUAGUUCUGCUCCUUGUGAGACAGGACGGUUAGGCGCUGAGCAGGGGGCACGGGGGAAGUGGUCCGGAUGCUGACAGGAGCUGCAGCUGCCAGUCACGCCGGCUCAGUCUGUGCUCGUCAAGGAGGCGUCACUGUUCUCACUGAUUGACUUUAUAAUGAGCAAAUGCUCUAAAAUGAAUAUUAAAUAAAAUGUCACUGAUGGAA